AUGAAAUCUCCAUUGCGUUCUUUAAUUUCUACAUUUUCUGGAAACUUCAAUCCAUCAAUCAUCAACUUACCAACGCAAAACAUUCCAAUCCUUUGGUAUCUGCACGGAAGAUGGAUUGGAACCGCUGCAUGUUCAAGUGAAACCUUGCAAUCCCCUGUUGUUGUUUCCUUCCCUAAUGAUUUGGGAGAAACCCUAGGUAGUGCUGAAGAAGCUUUCAGAAGAUGGGGAUGUAGUGAAUCUGAUAUAAGUAAAUUAUCCAGUCGUAUACCUUCUCUGCGAAAUUAUCAUCUAGAAUCCCUUCAACCGAAACUCACCUUGCUCAAUACCUUAGGCCUCACAGCUUCCGAGCUCAUCAAUCUUGUUAAUUAUCGUCCUCGUUUCCUUCAUAAUCAUUUCCAUCAUGGUUUUCAGGAUCGUAUAGAAUAUCUCCUCAGAUUGUUCAAGACGAAGGAAGUUCUAAAAAAAGCUAUAUUGCGAAACCCUUCCCUUCUGACUUACAGCUUCGAAGGAAAAGUUAAACCAAUCAUUAGUAUGUAUGAAGAAAUCGGAAUCGUGGGCAAUGAUUUAGUUCGUAUGCUUCUAUCUCGUCCAGCUUUGAUAUCAAGAACAUAUCUGAACGAAGAGAAAUGGGAUUACAUUCGAAACACUGGAGUUUCCAAGGAAUCGAAAAUGUACAAAUACAUUGUAACCCUUGUGGCUAUCUCAAGGAUGGAGACUAUUCUCGAGAAAUCAGCAAACAUAGAGAAGUUUGGAUUUUCGAAAGAAGAGGUAUUUGGUCUUAUAAGAAGAUCACCACUUAUUAUGACAAUAUCUGCAGACAAAGUUCAAAGGAACAUGACUUUCAUCUGUGGGACUAUGAAGUUGUCUCCUAGAGUGAUACUUAAGAUGCCCCCUUUACUGCAAUUGAAUUUGGAAUCGAUACUGAAACCGAGAUUUCAUCUGGCAAAGAAGAUUGAAGAAAUGGGUCUUGUUUCAAAGAUUGAAGAUGCCAAACUGAUAACAUCAAUGAGGAUGAAGGAGAAGAGAUUUAUUGAGAUUUUUAUUAAUUGUCAUCCAAAGGAUAUAGCUGAAGAACUGAUGGAGUUGUAUACACAAAAGAAAUGUGUCAAGAGGUUGGCUGAAUCCUCAAAGAAGAAAACUCCUAGACUAUUCCCCUUCUAA